AUGUCCACUUUGCUUCCUGGUCAACCAGUUGUUCUGCCCUCUCGUGGGCCCGCUCCUCAGCUUGGAACAGGAGUAUAUGUCCGCGAUGCAUGCAUAAGAGCAAGUUUACUUGGGGUGCCCACUUUGGACGCCGCUACCCUGACGAUCCCUCGCCUUCGCCCUCGUCCUCCUGCCCCCAAUUCCAUCGUCCUCGGUUCUGUUACCCGUCUGUCCCCGUUGCAAGCCCUCAUCUCCAUAUCCGUUGUUGAUGAUGUCCCCCUUCCGGCUGGAGAGGAGUUUACGGGCGUCAUCAGGACGCAAGACGUGCGUGCCACCGAAAAAGACAAGGUUAAGAUCGGAGAUUGUUUUAGAGGCGGCGACGUUGUGCGAGGCGUAGUGAUUUCACUAGGUGACACCCGAAGCUACUUUGUGACGACCGCGAGGAAUGACCUUGGUGUAAUUUUUGCGACAAGCGAAGCUGGUGCCACAUUGGAACCAAUCUCCUGGCAGGAAAUGCGGUGUCCGCAGACUGGCAAAGUUGAGAAACGAAAGUGUGCUAAACCAGAAGGUCUCUAGCUAAAUAAACGUAAUUUGCCAACUGUUCUCAGCAAUUGUAUCACGUUUCCUCUUUUCUC